UAUCCUCAUCCUCAUCUCUUUAGUAGUGCACAGCGUCCGCGUGCGCCGCCUGUCCUUUAAAUUCAUUAUUUGCCUUUGGUUUAAUUUUACUCCAUCUUAACGCGGAAGUCAGUGACGCACCAUUACGCACAGCUGCUCAGCUGGGGCAAUGAAAUAAACAAAACGUCGUCAUUCGGUGCCAAACACAGCGGGCAGUGAGGGCAAGGUGUCAAAGUUCAGACCAUCAUGCCCUUUGCUUUGGCAGCAGGACAGGAAGUGUGUGUGUGAGCGUCCCUGGUUGGCUCUGCUGGGAUGAACAUGCCACUGCACCAAAUCUCUGUCAUCCCCCGUGAUGUCACCUCAUCGCGGGUGUCAGGCAGUGGGAAAGCAAAGGACAAGGACAAGCAGAAUGAAAAGCCCUUGGGUCAUUCUGCAAGCAGGUCCAGCAAUAUAUCAAAGGCGGGAAGCCCGACUUCAGUCAACGCUCCAUGCAGUUUCUCAAGGACGUCAGUUUCCCCCUCCAGCCAGGACAUCUGCAGCAGCGGUCAGGAUCAGCGCUGUCAGAAGCAGACUGCAGUGGUUCUCUUGAAUUCAAACGGUAAAACCUGUCAAGAUCCAGCAAGUAUUUCAGUCACCACCCUCUGCACAGACGCCUUACCAGCCUCCAAACAGGCCAACCAACGAGACUGGCUCACCCUGAUCCGCCCCUCCUCCACAAUCAACAACCGCCCCAGUGGCAUGCUUAGAUUUUCUGUAUCUCUGAAUGACAUUGGCCAGCGCGUUGACAGUCUUUGUCGAGGUCUGCACUUUAUAGACCGCACCUACUCUGAGGGAGAGCUGGAACUGAAGCCCGAGUCUACUCAGCCACCCGGCUCAGAUCAAAGGGCGUGCACACUCAGUGGCAAGCUGGCUGCAGCACCUGCACACCAAACCCCAAAUCCAGCUUUCUCGACCCGCACCCAGCCCCACCUUGUCCCCUCCUUCACCAACAAUUACAAAUACAUGCUGGGCAUCCGUUCCGUGAAUUGUCCCCCAUCUGACCCCGCCAUCGCCCCUCCUCCUCCUCCUUCAAACACACACCUCCACCCUCAUCACUCUCCAAAUGCCAACUUCCUCCGUCUCCUCCUCCCCUUUUCUCGAUCCGCUACCUCGGCCAGCCUGCAGUGCUCUGAGCUUGGCAGCUAUGCCUCUCACCUCCACAUCACCAAGUCCUCUAGCGCCCUGCUAGAAGGCAGCGAGUCAGGAUUUCCCCCUGAGGACAUCCUGGGAGAUGAUUACGUGUUUGAGGAGGACUUGUCCAGUCCAGCUCCAAAGGGCAUAGGCCAGCUGACAACCCCAGAAAAAGUCACCAUGGUUGGGCCAGAUGCUCUUCUAGCCCCCCUGUGCUACAUGGAUGAGGAUAGGGACUUGGAUUGCUGCCCGUGCCCUUUGUCAGAGAAAACUGGGCCACUUUCACCCUGUUCGCUAUCUGGAGACUGCUGCAGGAUUUGUCACUGUGAAGGGGAUGACGAAAGUCCUCUGAUCACACCAUGCCACUGCACGGGGAGCCUGCGCUUCGUCCACCAGUCCUGUCUACAACAGUGGAUCAAGAGCUCCGACACUCGCUGCUGUGAGCUCUGUAAAUAUGAGUUCAUCAUGGAGACCAAGCUCAAACCGCUGCGCAAGUGGGAGAAGCUACAGAUGACGGCGAGCGAGAGAAGGAAGAUCAUGUGUUCGGUCACCUUUCACGUCAUUGCCAUCACCUGCGUGGUGUGGUCGCUCUACGUUCUCAUCGACAGAACAGCAGAGGAAAUCAAACAAGCCGGAAGAAUCCCAGGGAUCCUGGAAUGGCCUUUCUGGACCAAACUGGUGGUGGUGGCCAUCGGCUUCACGGGUGGACUGGUGUUCAUGUAUGUCCAGUGCAAAGUCUACAUCCACCUAUGGAGGAGACUUAAGGCUUAUAACAGGGUCAUAUAUGUCCAGAACCGGCCAGACACAUGUAAAAAGUUGGCGCUGGAGAAGCCGCCUCUCAUGGAGCCAAGUCUGGAGAACAAGGAAGCUCUGGCCCCCACCCAGUCGGACACAAACUCCUCCCAGUACACAGAGACAGAGGACUACAGUAUGGAGGUGCUUCAUGUCUGACCACUCAGUCCAUGCCAUUUGUUGUCCUACGCAGACUACACCCACAAACAGGCCCUUAGUUGUUGAAAUGCUUGGUGACUAAGGAACAACCAGACACUCCCUUUCUUCUGAUCCUAGACGGACUCACUGUCCUCCUCCGGUCAUCUUAUAUUCCCAAAACUCCACCCACAGAAACAGACAGACAGACCACGACUAUCUUCUUCUAUCCACACUCCUCCUGUCUGACCUUAUUCCCCCCUCCACUCUUAGUCCACACUUUCUUUUCCCAGGACUGGACUGUUUUUACUGACUUCUGUAAAUGUCUGAAGAGGCCUGAAGCAUACACCUCUCCACACACACUUGUAUGUACACCUCUGGGAGAGCAGGACUGAGACAAAUAGACUCACAAACGGCUCUGGAGGUCUUCACGUUUCUGACGCGUGGUUUGUUUACUUGUGGGUUUGUUAGAUUUGUUCGUUUUUACCUCCUGUGAGUCUUGGGCUAACCUGCCGUGGAUCAGUAUGUAGCGCCACGCAUUGGAUCUCUGGAACAUUCCAGCUACUGCCAUCUCUGUUGCUGUGGUCUAUCAGCUCCGAGCUGGUCUGGAUCCGACCAGGCCUUGAUCUCGACAUGCAUCGAAGCACUUUUGUUUUUUAGUUCCCACAACAAAUUCCUACUUGUCCUUUUGCUCCUCUUUUUUCUUUGUUUUUUGGUUUCUGAUUAUAUUGUACAUUGGGGAGAGCACACACAAACAAACUUGGAUGUUUUGUUUUUUUUCUAUUUUAUUUGACCUUGCAUUUCCUCAUAUGCACAUAUUCGUAUAUAUUAACCCUCCCAUGGAUGACAAAAAAAGGAACUGGGGUUAAAACAUAGAAUCAUGCUGAAAGAAACGUGUGUGUUUUUAUUAAGAAAAAAAAAAAGACUUGAACUCGUCAGGUUCAUCGCUCUAAUGCAGAUAAUGGAAAAUCCAGCCACAUGACUCGUCUACCCCAACGUGAACUUUCUGAAGGCUUUGAGAAUGUAAACUUUUCACAAAAAAAAUAAAUACAUUAAAAAAAGAAUAAAAUAUCAAAAAAAGAAGAAAAACAACAAAAAAACAAACUUUUUUUUACUGGUCACAGGAAAUUGCAAGAUAAUUUCCAUGUCUUGAGAUCAUUGUGCGAGAGCCUGUGGGCAUAAACCGCGUCGCUCAUGUUUUUCUAUCAUGCGAAUGACACAGUAUUUGCAGUGUGAUAUUCCAUGUGCAGUUUUUAAUAUGUUUAUUUGUUUGCUUAGUCACGGGAAAUGCCUUGAGAAAUCCACAGCUGCCUAUUUUCAGGCUCAUCUCACUCCCAUUGUGCAGGCGGUGCAUUGAUUGACCCCAAAUAGAAACCAGGCAGACUGUAACUGUGUGUAUUCAAAUUUGACUGCUCAGAAUAAGUCAUAGGAAAUUUUGCUCUGCACGUCAGUAUCACACAUUUAUGGUUAUAAGAUACAAUGUUACAGGAAAGUUUCAAACCAGCAGAAGCAUUUUUUUUUUUUGUGGAAACCUCUUUUUUCUUUCGGCCAGGUUCCCAUCACAUGGUGGAGGAUGUCUAUUUUAGUAUUUAAUCACAAGACAUCACAAUCACAAGUGUUUUUCUCACAACUGGCCUUAUGUCACACAUAACAUCUUUUUUUUUCCCUGAAGAAGAAGAAGCACAGCUUAGAAGAAGCUUAGAUACCAGAUAACAGAUACUGUGCAGCAUCAUUCAUUGAUGAGUUGACCGGAGCGCCACCUGCUGGUGCGGAGCUGAAGGUGCGGUCUGAGGUGGGCAGCAGUUGAUUUCUCAGAGCGAUGUGUUUUGGGCUUACAGUCAUUGUAAGUGGUUUUGUGUAUGUGAGAGCACAGCGAUGCUAGGCUCAUGUUGAGCCUCACAGCCAUUCCGGCAACACACACACAUUUUUAAAAACUUGUCUUUGAUACCAGUAUACUGUCUGUGAAUAACAAUGGUCCAACAACAUACCUGUUAAUUACUGCUCAGCAGCAGCAAUAAACUAGAUCCAUGCUUUGUUUUUUGCAACAGUGCAUACUGUACUUGUGUAUAUGCCCCACGGUGACUUGAGAUCUGGAGUCUAAUAUAAUUUUAAUACAUAAUUUGAGCCGCGGGAGUCGUUGUAUGUCAACUUGGAUUAAGACGUAACAAGAAGCUUCGAUACCCAAGAGGCUCAGUGCAAUUAGACAGAUAAAAAGUGCAAUUACCCUUUUGUUGUUAUUCUAUUCUAUAGUUAUGUAAUGGUGUUUAAUGUCCUGGGUUGUCCUCUGGGUAUAAAAUGAUUAUUUCUUCAUUUUGUGUUGUAUUUAUUUUAAAAAAGAAAACAGAGUACAAUUUGUUCAUUUAAAAACCCCUUUCAUUAGUAAUUUUAUGCAACUUACACGUUUUUUCCCAGGCAUAAAUACCAGAAAAGACUUUCCCUCUUUGUUUUGCACUUUGUUAUUUAGAUAGUAGACUUGUAAAAAGCUUGUUUGACAUUAAUGUGAAUAUCUGCUCUUCCUUCUCACUUUUUAAAUUGCUUCAUGAUUUUCUUUUGCAGAAUAUAGACAUUUACGGAGGUGCAUUGCAUUCACUAGAUAAGAAAAAAAAAAAUAGACACCUUAUCUCAUGAUUCCGAUAUCCUGAUCUCGUUUAUUACGAGAAAAGAUCUCGUAAUUAUGAAAGAAAUUUUCCAGUGAAUGCAAUGCGCUUUCGUAGACAUUUAACCGCAGCAUCAAAUUGAAACAUUUCUUAGUUUUCAGAUUAAAAGAUUAAAGAUGGACUGUAGAUUUUUUUUUUUUACUUUAUGUUCUACUCAUAGGAGCUGGCUCCUUUCAUGAAGUCUGAGAGGUUUUGAUGUAGUCCAGAAGAAGAUUGAGGCCACUUUAGGACAAUUUCAGGCAGUCAUGUUCUUCUCUGAGAGCAGAUUUUUACUUUUCUUACAUUUCAUUUUCUUUCACUUCCUUUGUGUCUCCAUGACCACAAACUGAUUUCUUCAUUGUAUAAUCCUUUUGAGCAGGACAUUGACUGAGAGGGAAAGGGCCUCACUGUCCCAGUAUUUUAGGUUUAAGUCCGAACUUUCUUGUCUGUCUUUACCCUGUCACUACAACUUUUAUCAUGUCUGGGAAUAGUGUAACUUGCAUAAAGCUACAUUUGUUUACUACUGACUGGACUUGAACAUAUAUGACUGUUCCCUGUCUUAUGAUAUCAUUCCACAAGUUUGUCUGUGAAUUUACUUUGAAAUAGUAACUGUAAAGAAUUUGGUAAAAGGUACUUAUGUUUUUAAAAGAAAUAUUGAUGUGUUUUCAGUUUAAUUUCCCAUUAUUGAACAAAGUAUGUAGAAUUAAAAAGAACAACCAAAUAAAAAUUAAGUUACUUUUAA